GUGAACGAUAUGGAAGCCCGGGCAACGGAAGGCCAAAGACGCGAUGCAACUGAGGACGAAAUCAAGACCCUGCCCCAUGUGGUGGACUCGGUCCCGUUCAUCGUCUGGGUCGCUCUUGUAGCUGGUGCAUCCGAAAGAUUCACAUUCUAUGCCAUCUCCGCUCCAUGGCAGAACUACAUGCAAAAUGACCGCGAUAGUAUCGCUGUCCCGGGGGUUCUAGGUCUGGGCCAAGCAACCGCUACCAACAUCUCCAAUGCCUUCUUUUUCUUCUCAUUCCUGGCCCCUCUGCCCUUUGCUAUCCUCUCGGACGCAUGGCUGGGGCGAUACAAAACAUUAUGCAUCUGUUAUAUCCUGAAUCUAUGUGGCUGUAUAGUGCUCUUUGUCACCUCACUUCCAGUGGUUACCCAGGAUUCCGUUAAGAUUUUUGGAUUGGCUCUUGCCAUGAUUCUUCUGGGUCUGGGGACUGGAGGUGUCAAGGCUACCGUCUCCCCCUUCAUAGGCGAUCAAUAUACAACUCACGCUCCACAGUUGGUGGUCAACAAGAAAGGCCAGAGGGCCAUCGCGGAUCGCACGUUGACCCUGCAAUAUAUAUAUAAUGUUUUCUACUGGUUCACCAACAUCGGAAGUCUCUCUCUGAUCGCCUCGACCUAUCUGGAGAAAGAGGUUGGCUUCUGGGCCGCUUACCUCCUCCCGUUGUGCUCCGUGUGGGUUUCAAUCCCUCUGCUGCUGUUUUGGCAGAGGUCGUAUGUGAAACUCGCGCCGCAAGGAAAUGUGCUGCCCCAGGCAGGAACGGUGCUUGCAUACUCUGCGCGCGAACGCUUCCAUCUCGACGCAGCAAAACCAGCAUUCCAAGCGGAGAAAUAUGGGAGAACCGUGCCAUGGGAUAAUUUAUUUGUCUCGGAAAUAAAAAGAGGCCUCAUCGCAUGCAAAGUCAUGGCUUGCUUUGUCCCAUUCUACCUCUGCAUCAACCAGAUCACCAAUAACCUUGUCUCCCAAGCAGGCCAAAUGCAGCUGGGCGGUAUCCCCAACGACACGAUUCAAGCGCUCAACCCCAUCGCCUGUGUUCUACUUGGCCCGAUCAUCCAGAAACUCCUGUACCCCGGGCUCCAAAGCCAAGGGAUCGCAUUCGGCCCGAUUGCACGCAUGACUUGGUCAUUUGUCACGAUGAGCUCCGCCAUGGCGUUUGCUGCAGGAUUGCAGAAGCUGAUCUAUACAAGAGGCCCAUGCUAUGAAUCGCCGCUGACCUGUCCCGACUCCGAUGGAGGCAGGAUACCCAACGAUAUCAGUGUCUGGGUGCAAACCCCAGUGUAUUUCCUGCUCGCGUUUGCCGAGAUCCUGGGGUUCACCACGCUGUCUGAGUACAGCUACUCGAAAGCCCCAAAGGACAUGCGCAGCUUGGUGCAGGCCCUGCGACAGGUCACGGCCGGAAUUGGAUCGGCCUUGGGGAUGGCGCUCUCCCCUGUGGCGGUGAAUCCGAAAAUCAUGUACAUGUAUACCGGGCUAGCAGCGACGAUGAUUGCUGGUGCUCCCAUGUUUUGGGUAGCUUUUAGGAAUUAUGACAAGAUCGACGAAGAGCUGAAUGGAAUCGGGUUGAUACCGGCGGAUAGCAAUGACGAGAUGGAGGAGACUACGGAUAAUACUCGUCCCUGA